CUCAAAGUCUGGGAUAAGGAACGCCCUGAAGGAUUAUGCUCAAUCACCUGAUGCCGAGAAGAAACCCUUGAGGUACAUGGCUGGCAUGCUGAGGACCUGCCAGCUUGAAAAGAUGAUGACCAAAGAAGAUCUGGAGGAAGAGCAGAGGAGACAUUCUUGUCUUCCCCUCCAUCGGAGUCGACACAAUGGCUGACUGAUGACAGCUCACUCAUAAGUCGUAAGGGUUCAGCGAGAGCAGUUAGCUGCCAUCUUCCAGCUGCUCAAAGAGAAACAAGACACAUUUGGUGAGGUGACAGAGAGCGAUUUACAAGAACAGCUUAAACUCUAUUCUGUUUAACAAAUCAGCAAAUAAAACUGUACUGACAAACACUAGAUUCUAGAUUCAAAUUCUAGAUUCAAAUACCAUUUUAAAGGAGCUUUCAAGUUGAAAUCAGUGACUUCAAUGAACCUAUUCCCUGAAAUAUUUGAUUGUGUGAAAAAGGGUUUGUUUAUGAGUUAUAUGUAUAUUAUAUGCAUUUAUUGGUCAUUAUUAUACACAAUAUAAGUAAUGAGGAAUCACAAAAUCUAGAAAUGUUCAGUAGAAAACGAGUCUUCUUUUUAUUUAUGAUUUAGCUUCAAUUAAUGGUUAUGGUGCAUGUCAGUUCAAACCAAAUCCAUGUUAAAUAAAGUAUGAUCUAAACUGAAAUAAAAUACUAAAUACUAAAUCAGCGAGUAUUACUCACUCUAGCUGUCAGCUGUCUAUCUUACAUAGUGACAUUGGGAUUCUUUAAGUUACUAGUAUGACAAAUGGACAAAUUAUGCUUUUUGCUUUAUUUUAUAUUUUUUAUUAUUUACCAGUAUUGUUUUGUUUAAACACAGCUUAUAGAUCUGUGCUGGCCAAAGGCCAAUAAUAUUAUUCAUAGCGAUGGGCGGACUGUAAUGCAGAUGUAAACACCUGGUUGAUGAUGUAAUGAAUUUGAAUAGGUAGGUAGAUUAUAAAACACUGUUACAAACAGUAACAUCUUUCACACAGUUCACAGUUCUGCAUUUGGCCAGACUGAUCAGACUGUCUUGAAACAUGCAGAAAAAAUUGACUGCUAUUAGUCUUAUUCUGACUUGCUCUGUGCUGCUCUAUCUAGUGCUUUGGAUGAAUCUCUCUGAACAGUUUCACAGCAAAAUUGUCAUCAUUUCUGCAUUGAUUUUAUCACCACUUGGAACUACAAGUAAGUACGAAACAGAAAAACCCAUUUACCCCACUGAGCGAGAAGUCAACAUAACACCUAUUCCGGUUCUCUAUAAGAAAAAUUUUACAAAACUUCCAGUGUGGGAUUUCGAAGAUGUUUAUUUGCGAAGCAAUGAAGCAAGAAGACCUACCUGUCCAGAAUCCCUUCAAAACAAAGAGGAUCCCAAGUUCAAGGAGGCAACACUUCCUGACAUUCAGCUGUGGCUGUACAAAGGACUACUCAACAUAACAGAAUGGAAUCGAUUAGCACACUUCAACAAUCCCUUCGGCUUCAUGGAAUACAAGUACAAUGAAGUAAAAGGAGCUGUGGAUUUGAUACCAAAGCCUAAGUUUCCAAUAUUACUGCCUGUGCCUGAAAGUUCAAAGGAUGGCUGUAUCCGAUGUGCUGUUGUGGCCUCUGGAGGGAUUCUCAAUAACUCAAAGAUGGGCAAAGAGAUAGACUCCCAUGAUUACGUUUUUCGAGUAAAUGGGGCUGUUAUUCAAGGUUACGAGGAGGAUGUUGGAAAUAGAACAUCAGUCUAUGUACAUACAGCUUUUUCCUUAUAUAGUUCCAUACUGACAUUAAAACAGUACGGGUUUCACAAUAUUCCACAAGAUGAGGAUAUUAAAUAUGUAAUGAUCCCUGAAGGCCUGAGGGACUAUGAGUGGAUCCAAGGCCUUUUGCAGGGAAAAGAAGCAAAUGGGUCAUUCAAGGGUGUGAGGCCACUGAAAUUUUUCAAUGGGAAUUUUAACGAGAGCGGAUUCUAUGUUCUUCAUCCUGAUUUUCUUCGAUACAUUCGCAACAGAUUCAUGCCAUCCAAACAAAUGCAGGGCAAAUACUGGGCAAUGUACAGACCGACCAACGGAGCGUUUGCUUUAUUCUUGGCUAUUCACACAUGUGACAUUGUGGAUGCCUAUGGAUUUAUCACAGAAGACCACCAUAAGUACUCCAACUAUUAUUAUGAAAAGUUAAAAAGAACCAGUGUAAUUUUCUUUAUUAACCAUGACUAUGGCCUGGAGAUAAAGACUUGGAAGAAACUAAAUGACUCUGGAAUCAUUAGACUCUUCCAAAGGCACUGAUACAUCAAAAGCAGAAGGAGGCUGUCUGUCAUCUCGGCAGGCAUUACUUCAAAAGAUAUUACCAAGUUAUGAUUCUGAAAGAAGCUGUGUCUCGGUUACAUGCAGGAAAGAUGAACAAAAUCUUUCUUAUAAAGCUAGGGACUGAAGCUAAAUGAAACAUCUGUAAUAUGCUGCAAGAGAAAGCUACUAGUUUAUAUAUAUAUAUAUAUAUAUAUAUACAUAUGUAUGUAUGUAUGUAUAUACAUUUUUUGUGCAGUUUUUAUCUUUAAUUAUUGUUCAUUACAUUUGAUAAAACCCUUUUUACUUAAAAAAAAAAUGUUUUCUUGCAAAUGCAAAACAGAUCAAUAUUUUCCAAAAACCAAGGUUUAUACAAAAAAAUUGGACCAACUUUAUAAAAGGUUUUUAUUUAUAUAGCUCUAUUUCCUAUAAAAAUAAAUGUUCAGUUGAUUCUAUAUAAUAUAUAUGGCAGAUACUGUGGCACUUCAUCAAAAGGGCUGUGAUAUCAAGAUAACCCAGAAGUACUGAUAAACCGAAACCGAUUUAUGGGUAAUGGUCUAAAAUUGGUCAAAGUCCUAUGCAGCUACAGAAAAUAUCUGGUUCAUGAUUUGCUACUAAAGGAGAAUCCAGUUACUAUUUUCACCUACAUUCUACACCCUGGCCUGCACUGUGAACGAUUAUUAUUGUUUUCAAUAAAAUUGUGAAAACCACAA